CUUCCUUUGUCUCCAACACAAUGGGAAACGUACCAUCCGGAAUGCUGCCGCAUCUCCCACCCGACAACAAUCAGAACAAGGACGGGAAGGCCAAGGAGGCCAAGGAGCAGAAGAAGAAAUGGGAGCCUCCUCUCCCGACGCGCGUCGGUAAGAAGAAGAAACGCGGCCCCGCUGCCGCCUCUAAGCUUCCCGCCGUGUUCCCCACCACUCGCUGCCGCCUCAAACUGCUCAAGUCGGAGCGUAUCAAGGACUACCUGCUCAUCGAGGAGGAGUUCAUCCAGAACCAGGAACGACUGAAGCCAGAGACGCGGGAAGAGAAGAAUGAGGAGGACAACACGAAGGUAGAUGACCUGCGUGGGAGCCCCAUGGCGGUUGGUACCUUGGAAGAGAUGGUCGACGAUGACCAUGCGAUCAUUAGCACGGCCUCUGGGCCAGAGUUCUACGUCCCGAUUCUUAGCUUUGUCGACAAAGAUCUCCUGGAACCCGGCUGUCAGGUUUUGCUCCACCACAAGACACAAGCCAUUGUGGGUAUCCUGCAGGAUGACACGGACCCCAUGGUUAGCGUUAUGAAGCUUGACAAAGCGCCGACAGAGAGUUACGCAGACGUUGGUGGGUUGGAACAACAAAUUCAGGAAAUCAAGGAAUCUGUGGAGCUUCCUCUCACACAUCCGGAACUAUAUGAGGAGAUGGGUAUCAGCCCACCAAAGGGUGUCAUCCUCUAUGGUGCACCUGGAACGGGCAAGACACUCCUCGCGAAGGCUGUGGCAAAUCAGACAUCUGCGACCUUUUUGCGCGUCGUUGGCUCUGAACUAAUACAGAAAUACCUCGGUGACGGUCCUAAACUUGUCCGCGAACUGUUCCGCGUGGCGGAGCAGCACGCGCCAAGUAUAGUCUUCAUUGACGAAAUUGACGCAAUCGGUACAAAACGGUACGAUUCGACGUCGGGUGGCGAACGAGAAAUCCAGCGUACGAUGUUGGAGCUGUUGAACCAGCUAGAUGGUUUCGACACCCGAGGAGACGUGAAGGUUAUCAUGGCAACAAACAAGAUCGAAUCGCUAGAUCCUGCACUUAUUCGACCAGGACGUAUCGAUCGAAAGAUCGAAUUCCCAUUACCAGACGUCAAGACCAAGCGGCAUAUUUUCAAACUUCACACAUCGCGCAUGAGCCUCAACGAGGAUGUCGACCUCGAGGAGUUUGUCAUGACGAAAGAUGAUCUUUCCGGUGCUGACAUCAAGGCCGUAUGUACUGAAGCUGGACUCUUGGCGCUGCGUGAGAGGCGUAUGCGGGUGAAUAAGGCAGAUUUCACCGCGGCUAGAGAGAAGGUGCUGUACCGGAAGAAUGAGGGAACACCAGAGGGCCUGUACCUAUGAUUGUAUUUGCAUGAUUGACUGCAGUUUUCUUUUUCUACGCAAAGUGCGACAUAUGCCAGCCAGGUCCUACGAGGUUCGGUCGGAUCCGGCCUCUUCAUCAAAUCCAGUUUGUUCUAUCAUCCCAUC